CAGAUCCUCGAUGUAUGCAGCACCAAGACGGUUUCCCGCUUAGCCGCCCUCUGACAGCCAAGUAUAGUGUCUCGUUGUCAAUCACAGUAUUUGUUGUGUGGGUCCAUGUGGUAUCGUCACUUAAAGAAUAGGAUGAUACACCAUACCAUGGAGCCAAUAUUGGAGGAAUAGUGCUCCUGUGCAGAGAUCGCAGAGCGCGUCUCGAAGAUUGACGUCAUCACGUGAUCGAGUAUCUCCGUCUUCCACUGCUGGCUGCAGUCGAGUGUUGCAGCGCACUUACCUUGACAAAUGUCGACAGAUACGUCCGCUGGAACCGAUGGGAUACCACCAAAGCGGACGAUACACCUGAAUGUCCCGCCACACGUCUACAUUCUCCCAGGGGGAGGGUUCAUUGUUGGGGCCAUGAUCGGGCUGCGGCGAGGCGCGCGGACGGCGUCCAUGCAGUUCCUGGCCGAAAAUGCACACCGGCCCCCGACGACGGUGCAGGGGUGGUACUUUUACAACAAGACGAAGAACUACCGGGUGCUGAUGGCGGGGCUCAAGGAGGCGGGGAAGGACGCUGCACGACUGACGGCGACGGUGGGGGCGUACGUCGCGGUUAGCGAGGCCUGCGAGUACAUGGGCGGGGUCUGGGGCGAGGCGAGGGAGGUAGCGUCCUGUGUGGGGAUAGCGGCUGCAUUCGCCGGAGUCUACCGACAGGGGUGGCGGGAGGCACGGCGGACGCUGGCGGUGGGCUUGCUGACGGGAGCAGUGCUGCGGGGGCUGCGGGGGACGCGGGAGCGGUUGGGGCUGGCGCGGGAUGGGGCGGGGCGGGAGGCGGGCUCAGCGUAGAGGCGUCGGAGGAUGAUGGAUGUAGAUAGCAUGCGGCUUACGGCAGACAGG